AUGCCUUCGAUUUCACAUGCGACUGACUAUCUUUUUCAAUCUCCUUGUUGGAAAGGAAAUCAUCCAUCAUUGAAUGAUGCUAGUCGUUAUUUUCAAAACUCAUCAGCGAUACCUGAAUAUGCAUUCUCACCGAACGAAAUCGAUGAGAUUCUUUCGCGCAAAUUAUACAAUCAACUGAAAAUCACAUCAAAUUCACAAAGACAAAAUCUUGUGGGUAAAUCACCGUCGACAAUGAAUGUUAUCGAUCCUGAAUUGGUUAUGUUAGUUGACCGAUUUUUUAAUUUAACAUAUCAAAAUACGGUUCCUAUGGUGAAUCUCUUAGCUACAGCUGUUGCAACAAAUUUUCUUUGUGAAAACAUUCAAGAACUGGACAAAUCUCUUCAAGGGAUACAAACAUCACCUGUUGUAUCUGAUGUUAAAAGAAGAACUUCAUUAUUAUGUAAACCAGAAAAUGAUGCGGACGAUGGCAAUCUCUCAUGGAGCUCGGCGCCUAUGUAG